ACAACACAAGGUGUGAUACAAGUGUGAGAAAUUUUAUACUUUGAUUUUGAGAAAUAAUCAUUUUAUUUUUUAUUGAGUGAGGAUUAAGAAUGCAAAUCACAAAAGGGUAUAAAGUGGACUGGACUGCAAAGGUCAGAAGUCUGUGGUGAAACGUUGGAGAUCGUUCUGCUGAGGCACUCUGGGGAGACUGGACGCUUGCUGGAAGGUCUUAAAAUGGGAACAAAAAGUCAGUUAUUACAAUGGAUUUUUUUGACAAUGAUUGUUAUGGGACUUUUCUUUUUUGGAUUUAUCAUAGGCUGGUUUGCAAAGCCUGAACAUCCAAACAGUGAAAAGCAAAAAGACUCCAGCAAGUUCCUGAAGGAGUUUUUAGAAGAAAUGAAGGCAGAAAACAUAAGAAGGCAUCUGAGGACAUUCACCCAGCUCCCCCACUUGGCUGGAACAGAGCAGAACUUGAAGUAUGCCAAGCAGAUCCAGAAAGAGUGGCAGGACUUCGGGCUGGACUCUGUGGAUCUGGUGCACUAUGAUGUCCUGCUGUCCUAUCCCAACAAAACACAGCCAAAUUACAUCUCCAUAGUGGAUUCACUGGGGAAUGAGAUUUUCAAAACAUCUUUGGCUGAGCCUGUUCCAGAAGGCUAUGAAGACGUUUCAGACAUUGUGCCCCCAUACAAUGCAUUUUCAGCUAAAGGACAACCAGAGGGUGAGUUAGUCUAUGUCAAUUAUGGCAGGACAGAAGACUUUUUCAAGCUGGAGAGACAAAUGGGAAUAAAUGUAACAGGAAAAAUUGUAAUAGUCAGAUAUGGAAAAAUAUUUCGGGGCAAUAAGGUGAAAAAUGCCAUGUUAUCAGGAGCAAAAGGCAUCAUCAUGUUUUCUGACCCAGCAGAUUAUUGCGCUGAUGGAGUACAGACUUACCCAGAAGGCUGGAACUUGCCCGGUGGAGGAGCUCAAAGAGGAAACGUGCUGAACUUAAAUGGAGCAGGUGACCCCCUCACACCCGGGUACCCUGCAAAAGAAUACACAUACAGAUAUAAACUUGAGGAAGGAGUUGGACUACCCAAAAUCCCUGUGCAUCCCAUUGGGUACCAUGAUGCAAUUUACUUGUUAAAGAACAUGGGAGGACAGAUUCCAACCAACAACUGGAAGGGAGCUCUGAAUGUCUCAUACAGAACUGGACCAGGAUUCAUCAAUGACUACAAAAACUUUUCGGUGCGUUUAAACAUCCACACCAACAAUCAAGUAACGAGGAUCUACAAUGUCAUUGGCAAGAUCAGGGGCGCUCUUGAACCAGACAGAUACAUUAUUUUGGGUGGACACAGAGAUGCCUGGGUCUUUGGAGGCAUCGACCCCAUGUCCGGUGCAGCAGUAGUCCACGAAACUGUGAGGAGCGCCGGCCUCCUGCUCGGCAAAGGAUGGAGACCUAGGAGAACUAUAAUAUUUGCCAGCUGGGAUGCAGAGGAAUUUGGUCUCCAGGGAUCAACAGAAUGGGCUGAGGACAAUGCCAAACUGCUCCAAGAGAGAGCUGUGGCUUAUAUCAAUGCUGACUCUGCUAUAGAAGGUAUGUAUACAUUGAGGGUAGACUGCACACCCUCUCUUCACACACUUGUAUAUGACAUUACAAAACAGAUUGGCAGUCCAGAGGAAGGAGAAGAGGGAAUGUCUUUAUAUGAAAGCUGGCAUAAAAGAGACAAUUGGACCGACAACCGUGACGCACCCAGAAUAAGUAAGUUGGGUUCUGGCAGUGACUUUGAGGCUUACUUCAUCCGUCUUGGAAUUGCUGCCGGUCGAGCCAGAUACACCAAAAAUAAGAAAACCGAACGCUACAGCAGUUAUCCAGUUUACCACAGUGUGUAUGAAACUUUUGAGAUUGUGGAGAAGUUCUACGACCCCUCCUUCAGACGACUUGAAGCAGUGGCUCGGGUCCGUGGAGGGCUGAUAUUUUCAUUGGCUGAUUCCGUGGUCCUACCUCUCAGUGUCAACGAAUAUGCAAACUCACUCAGUAUGUAUGCAGUGAGCAUCUCGCAAAUCGCUGAAAGACACCUAGAGCAAAUGCAGAAAUAUGGAGUGUCAUUUGUUUCACUUUUUUCAGCGGUGACAAACUUCACAGCAGCAGCCGACAGCUUCCAUGAGAGGUUACAGUCUUUGAAUAAAGCAGAUCCUUUGCAGGUUCGAAUCGUGAAUGACCAGCUCAUGUACUUGGAGCGUGCAUUCAUAGACCCUUUAGGUUUACCAGGCAGACCAUUUUACAGGCAUGUGAUUUUCGCUCCCAGUAGCCACAACAAGUAUGCCGGCGAGUCUUUCCCGGGAAUCUAUGAUGCAUUGUUUGACAUAGAAAAUGCAGCUGAUCCAGAGAAGUCCUGGGAUGAAGUCAAGCGUCAAAUCAGCAUAGCCUCAUUCACAGUCCAUGCGGCUGCCAUUACGCUCACAUCACCAGCAUGAAGAGACUACCCACUUUGGACUAUUGGACAAUUCAAAGUGUAAAAUAAUAGACUCAUUAAAAGUGUAUAGCAUUUGUUUUAAAAGAGGUAUUAGGUCUUGUCCUUGUAUUUUAAAAUGGUAAUCAUGUUUUUUCAACACUCACAUAAACCAGCAAUAAAAAAUUCAUAUAGGAUGGACGGUACCAAGCAAAAUAAUAAAAAAUAAUACAAACACAAGACCGUUCAGAUUUCAGUUAAAGUGAAUCAAAAUUGAAUUCAUCUGUUGGGCAGAUCCAUGACAUCAGACACUUGGCUCACAUCUAUAACGCAGAUCUACAGUGACUGGUGAAUUACAUUAGGUCACAAAAGGAUUUGCAAAGUCUACAAUAGAUAAAACUGAUAAAUUUAACACACACACAAAAACACUUUGUAAAACCCUGAUAACCUGAAUCAUUAAUCUGUAAAUCUUUUCUAUGCAGAUUACAAUAUGAC